CCUCUCAACACGGUGGGGCGCUGUGACGCUACAUUGCGAUCCUCCCAACGCAGUUGAGGGCAGGAGAUCGCAUACCUGAACAUUUGUACUUCAAGAGUGAACAUUAACAAUUUUUUUAAAAGUUCUUGAAUCGAUGAAGGUGCAAGGGGAAAGAAAAACUCUCCAACUUGAUAAUAAAGAAUGUUGUUGGAUGGGCCAUCUUGUGCAGCAUUUGCUGUGCUCGUUGGCGUGGUCCUCCCAGCUAUUUCCUGGAUGUGGUUGCUAGGGAAGACGUGGCCCAGUUGCUAGGGGAGGCAGGGCCCAGUUGCUAAGGGAGGCACGAUCCAGUUGCUAAGGGAGGCAAGAUCCAGUUGCUAGGGGAGGCAAGAUCCAGUUGCUAGGGGAGGUAGGGCCCAGUCGCUAGGGGAGACGUGGCCCAAUUGCUCCGGGAGACUGGGCCCAGUUGCCAAGGCAACCUCUCCAUCCUUUUUAUUGACAAAGAACAAAUCCACGGCCAGUUGAUGCAUUCACAACAUUUUUUUUUAAAAAUCAGGUUUUAUCCUUCUUUUGCAAAGAUCUGUAUCAGAGGCAGUCAAUACCUUGUUGUAAUUGAAAGCAAACAGGGUUCCGGUCAAAAGAAUUAUUAAUUUUGGGCAACUUGCAUUUGGGAAAUAAAUGAAACUCACCUUGUGAAGGUACCGGGAUUUUAAAAAUUCGAAGAAAAUGCUUUUGGGCGUGUGAUUCUGCAACCCUGGAACUUUUCUUCCCUCAGUUUCAUUUUUCUACCUCGCCCUACAGGCAGGAUUGAUCAAUAUGAGUUCGGCCACGGAGAACCAGACAAGUGGGGUGAAGAAGAUUCAAGAAUUCCUCGCUGAUUUGGUGGUACUGGGAUCACUGCAGGGUUUCCGAUACUUCCAGCCCUGGUUGCGGGGUCGCGAGGAGUUGCUGCUGACUGUGGUGAAUGAGGAUUCCAGCUGGCAAUCGGCUAGUUUUCCCAGGAGUCUGGUGAAUUCCUGCAAUGAGGGUGUUGGAGUGGCCGAGUUGCCCUGUGCUGACCAAUCUCUGUUGACGUCACUUCCAUCACAGAAGAGAAUGAGCAGCUGUGGGCACACCGACACAGGAUUGCCACCAGCAUCUCCCUGUGAUCGGGAAAUUGCACUCCCAGAGCUGAACUGUACCCUCUUCCUCCUGGCCUGCUACGCCAAGUACCAGUGCCCCUAUGUGUGGAUCCGAUCCAACCACGAACGUCUUAUUAAAGCCACGAGUGGGAACCGGGCAUCCAAGGACAGUCCUCUGAAGCUGAACUCCACUCGGGAUUGGUGCCGGAGCGGUGGACAGAUUUGGGAGAUUGUGGCUGAGCUGGUGGAGCUCUGCACCUGGCCGACACCGUCGAACCCCUUCACCCUGGACAUAAGGUACUUUGAGUCUCUGCCUCUAAUCGAGAGGUUCCUGGCUUCGGGGGCCAUGGCUGACUUCCUCCAGAGGAUUGUGAUUCAUGGAAACCGAGAAAAGUUCUAUUACACCAAAGGUAACAUUGAUGUAAAUGGUCUUCGCCUCCUACUUCUACCUCAGUUCUUGUUUGUUCUUUUUCUGCCAGCUGCAACCCCAUCUUCCUGUUUCUAGCUUUUGAACUGGGCCCAUAAGUAUCAGAUUUCUCAGCUAUAAAUCCUACAGGGAAGCCGUCUUCCACCACUACCUUAGGGAGGAAGUGGGAGGGAUGGAUGCAUUUAAGGGGGAGGUUGGAUAAACACAUGAGGGAGAAGGAAGUAGAAGGAUAAGCCGAUAGAGUAGAAUGGAAUAGAAUAUCCUUUAUUGUCUGCAGUACAGGAAUACAGUGAAAGGUUCUCCAAUGUCACCUCUUACGGUGCUAUCUUAGGCACGACUGCUCAGAUACAAAACAGGAAUAAAAAAGAAAAGCAGUUGUAUUUACUUUACUGUGUUUCAAGAAUAACUGAGAAAUAACACACAGUUAAAAGCUUAGGCAUUAAAGACAGACAAACAAGUUACACAUAAACAUUACAUUGCAGUAGUUCAGUGCAGGGGCUCCCACACGUGAGCUGGCCACCCACGCCAGGGCCCAAUCCAACAACUAUUCCCACUCCACUCCAAACCUCCCGUCCACUCAGCACGGGCUCUCAGUUGUUGCAAGGUAAAUCUUCUC